GUCGGCAUUCUCAAGUUCGAGAAGUACUCGGCCAUCCAGUGGCACCGCCGCAACCUGAGGUUCAUCACGCUGUCCCACGUGCUGAACUUCUCGCUGUGCGUGCGCGAGGUCUCGCGCAUCCGGGAGAAGCAGCGGCUGAACGACCCGAAGUACUCUGGCAGCGAGCAG